AGAGCCAGAAAAAUCAUCAGAAGAACUAAUGUCUUCAGAAAUGCCACCAGAAAACCUUUCAUCAGCCAAGCUUACUGAUGUGGAAGAAAACACAAAAUCCAGCGUUGAUCUGAAAGCAAUGAAAGAAUCAACACUGGAAAAAAUGAAGGGUAUUGAAGCUAUGUCAAAAAGACAAAGAAAGAAGCUAAUGAAGCAGAAACAGUGGGAAGAACAGAGGGACUUGCGCAAGAAGAAGCGUAAAGAAAAACGCUUGAAGAGAAAACUGGAGCGCCGGUCUCAACUGGAAUCAAGCAACGAAGGAAGCAUCAGGAAGCAUAUGCGUCGGGAUGUUGUUCCUAGUACCCUUCGCCUUAUAAUAGACUGCAGUUUUGACAGUUUAAUGGAGCUAAAGGAUGUCAAGAAACUGCACAAGCAAAUUCAGAGGUGUUAUGCCGAAAAUCGUAAAGCUCUUCAUCCUGUACUGUUUUACUUGACAAGUCAUGGAGGCCAACUGAAAGACAACAUGGAUGAAACUGACAAAGGUUGGAUAAACUGGAAGGAUAUCCACAUUAAACCAGAGCACUAUAGUGAAUUGGUGAAGAAGGAAGACCUUGUGUACCUUACAUCAGACUCUCCUGAUGUCCUGAAUGAACUAGAUGAGUCCAAAGCAUAUGUCAUAGGUGGCUUGGUGGAUCACAAUCAUCACAAGGGCAUCACAUACAAAAGAGCACAAGAACUGGGAAUAAGUCAUGCACAACUUCCCCUGGGGAUCUUUGUAAAAAUGAACAGCAGGAAAGUUCUGGCAGUGAAUCAUGUGUUUGAGAUAAUACUUGCGUACCUGGAGAAAAGAGUGUGGGAAGAAGCAUUUUUCACUGUCUUGCCACCACGGAAAGGAGCCAAACCACUGAAGGAAAUAACUGAUGCCUCCAUGUGCAAGCUAAAAGAGUCAGUAGAGGUUCAAGAUGAAGAGUCUGAUAGUGACUAACCUCCAGUGGGAAUAUGCAUGAAAGUAUCAUGGACUAUGAGGGGAGGAAGUUGGAUUGAA